AUGAUAAGGAUCAAGGAUAUUGUUAAAAUAGUUAUAAUUCUACUGACUAUAAUAGCAUCAACUCUUUAAAAUGAUAAUUGCAAUUAAGAAAUAGUGGAGAAUUUAAUAACAUAAGGGUUUUAAGUUACAUGCGAUUCGCAAUCAAAUAUUAUAGCAGACUGCAAUCACAAGGAUAUGAAUGAUAUUUAGUUGAAUUUAACAAAUUUAAACCUAAGAGGUGGAAUUUAAUUUGUUAAUAUCAAUAACAUUUAGUUUUCGCUAAUUUAGAUUCAAGAUACAUAUAUGAGCAAUUAGUCAAAUUCUAUGGGUUUAUUUUGUAUAGAUAAUGGUAACAUAAUCACAAUUUAAAACUUUAUCAUCAAAUACACAAAGCUUUCUUAUUCUGGUUAAACCUAAAUGAUAUAGAUUAAAAACAUAAAUAUAUUAACAAUAUAAAAUUAUAGUAUUACUGAAAAUAGUGAAACAAAUGCUACAUUUAAUUUUUUAAUUUUAGACAUCUAAGAUUAAAUUAAGAUAUCUUAAUUAAAUGUUAAUGUUUAAACAAAGUUAGGAUCUGUGGAUUUAGGUAUUAAAAGCACUAAUAGUAUUGCAAUAGAUAAUUUAAAUUUAAUAUAAUAGAAUUAAGUGAUUUAAUUUUUAUUUAGUUCUUAAAAUAUACAGAUUGGCUAAUUUGAUAUAAAAGUUAUAUCUAAUACUCUUAGUUAUGUAGGUUCUGCUGUAAAUAUUUUUUAAGACUACAAAUCAAUUAAUAUAAAGACAAUAAAUAUAAUUUAAGUUAAAGAUUUAUAGUUAUCUCUAUUUUAAUUUUGUUCUACUUAUCAAAGUAAAGAUGCAACAUAAUUUAAUAAUAUUAGUAUAGACUCAAUUGUAGUUUAAAAUUUUUCAAGAGGGAAACAAAAAACAUCUAUCUAGUCUAUUGAGAAUGAUUAUGCAGUGGGAAAGCCCGUUCUCUUUGACUUAAGUUGUACUGGCAUAAGCAACGCAUAUAAACAAAAUCUAAAUAUUUAAAGAAUUGAUGUUUAUUAAUAUAAUAUCUAAAAUGCUUUAUUCAUGGUCAGUUUCAGCAGUAUAAAUACAGUUAUUAAUCAAAUUGUUUUUCAUUAAUAAGAUUAAAAAGUAUUUAAUCUAUGGAAUUCUAAUGGAAUGUUCGUUUUUCAGGGUAGCUCAUAAACUAAUAGCUAAUUAGAGAUCAAUAAUAUAGAUUUCUCUUAAAUAAAUUUUGUAAGUGCAUAGAAUGGCCUCAUAAGUGUGAGUUAAUUUUCUUCUUUGUCGAUUUCUAAUGUAAAUGUCAGUUCAUCAGAACACCUUCAAUCCUAUCAAGGUGGUUUAUUUACGAUUAACAAUGUUGAUAAUGUUAAAAUUAGUAAUAUUGUUGCUACUAUUUAUCCAUCGUGCUAAUUUAAAAGCAUGUUUGGAGGUUUGAUUUAUAUAAAAACUUCGCAAAAUACAGAAAUCACAAAUUUAUCUUUUAAUGAUUAAAAUUAAUUUUCAGAUGAGGUUCAACAUUAAGGAACAUAAGGAGGAAUAAUAUAUAUUUAUACUGAUAAUUAAUCAUACUUAGCUCUUUAAGAAGUUAAAGCUUAAGGUGAAUUUAUUUCUACUGCUGAUGGAGCAUUUGCAUAUAUAUCAUGUAUAAAUGCCUUACUGGAAGAUAUUUUUAUCUCAGAAUUUACAUCAUUAAAAAAUGGCGGAGCAUUUUUCUUAGAUUGUUAAGUUAUAUUAACUAACGUUUAGCUGAUUAGAAAUAAAAGCUAAUUUGCAGGAGGAGCUAUUUUUGGCGGAUUAAUUGCCUCAGCUUAAGACGUAAUUAUCAAAGAAAACUAAUCAUUAUUUGGAGGAGGAAUUUAUUUAGCAAAUAUGCUUUCUUAUUAUUAAGAUAUAAAAUUUGAGUCUAAUUUGGGAUAUAUUAAAGGAGAUGAUACAUGCAAAUAUAUUGCUGAAAUAAAAAUAAAGUAAUUUUCUGAAUAUAAUUAAUAUUUAGAACCACCAUACCAAAUCAGGAAUUAUACUUUAUUAUAUUAAGAUGAUGGUGAAUCGUAUAUAGUAAAUAGUGUUUAUAACGGACUGACUUAUUUUGUUGUUUUCUCAAUGCGUAUAUAAGAUGAAUCUGAUUGGAUUGAAUAUACAUAAAAUGAUUUUGUUUUAGAAAAUAGACUGAAUGACUUAACUCCCUAAAUAUAAGGUGAAGAUAUUUUCAAUCAAGCACCAAUCUAAUCUAUAUAAACGAUUCCAUUAGAAACAAAUGAAUUUUUCUAUUCUUUUUCUUUUUAAUAUGAUAGCAGCCAAACAUAAUUUUUUGGACUAUUUUUUCCUUUUAACACUACUUAGUAACCUAAAACCUUAAUUUUUACAAUUUUAUCAAAUAUUACUUCUAAUUGUACUAAUGGAAUGAUACAAUAGACUUUUAAAGGUUCUCAAUAUUGUUAAUAUUGUGUUGAUUCUGUUGUAUAUCAAAAUUAAAGUAAAAAAAUACCAACAAAAUGCCUUUCAUGCCCUAAAGAUUAUUUUGAAUCAUGCUAUGCAGAUUUUUCUUCACUAAAAUAAGGGUUUUGGAGAUAGAACCUUACAGUAGACUCUUCAUAAAUUUUCCCUUGCUCUAUAAAUAGAUUUAACUGCAUAGGAGGAAAUUAUACAGGUGACAAUAUAUGUGCUGAGGGGCAUAUUGGAGUUGAGUGCUCUGAAUGUGACCUAUACGAUUAAAUGGGAAAUGGAUCAUUUUGCAGAAAAAACAUCUACUAAUGUACUUAGUGCGAUGAAAUUUCUGGCAAUAUCAUAAAAAGUAUCAUACUUUUGGUAAUCGUAUUUAUUGUCAUAUUAAUUAUUUUCAAAACAAACUUCAGAUAGUAAAGGAAUUAUAUUUAUAAGAAGUACCUAUCUGACAUGAAAAUAAUUUAUUUAGGAAAAUCUUACUAUAGAUUAGGUUAAAGUGGUUCUUAUAUCAAAAUUCUUUCCUUUUAUUUCUAAAUUAUCAAUAUAUCUUCUUAUUUUUAUGGAGAGAAAUCAUGGGCAAAUAUUUUUAAUUUCUAAUAUGGAUUCUAUAAUCCAGUGGCAGACUCUGCUUUUUCUUUUGAUUGUUUUCUAGCUAAAAUAAAUGAAAGUACUGAUUCAAUUAUGUAUAAAAAGAUAACAAUAGUAACUAUAGCUCCAUUUUGCAUAGUUUUUAUUUGUUUGAUUCCAAGUGUUUUGAACAUGCUAUUUUGCAAAUCAAGUAUUAAAAAUUUCUAAUAUUCUGCUUCACUAAUUAUCUCUUAUGGUUUUACAAAUCUCUUUUGUAUUCCAGUAAUAGAUGUGCUAACUUCAGGAAUGCUCUGCCGUACUUUUAAUAAUGGUCAAUCAUAUUCAAUACUUGAUUUUAAUAUUGAAUGUAAUGAUACAGAUCGACUAGUCUUUUUAUUUAGUUUUGUGAUUCCAUUUAUUUUAGUUUACUCUGUUGUUAUUCCAGGAAUUUUAUUUUACAUUCUUUACAAAAAUCGUGAGAAUCUUGAUAAAAUCAGUUUCCGCUUUUUGUUAGGUUUCUUGUAUGCAGACUUUAAGCAAUAGUUUUAUUAUUGGGAGUAUUUAAGGUUUAUUUUAAAAUUAAUAUUAAUCAUGACAGUAUAUAGUUUCCUAUCAUUUACUUAACUAAUUGGUUUUGUUUCUCUUGCAGCACUUAUACUUUACUUAAUAUUUCUAGUAAGAAAAUAUCCUUAUUGCACCAAAAAGCUAAACGAAAUGGAAGUAAAGUCUAUUGUAAUAGGCAGUCUAUUUUUGAUAGCUUAAAUGACUAAUUUUUCACUGUAUGAGUAAGAUUUAGCUCAAAAACAAAAGAAUUAAAGCAUGAACUCUUAUAACGUCUUCUCAUAAGUCUUAAUUGUUUGCACAAAUAUAUUGUCCCUCCUAUUUAUAGCUUAUAUGGUAGGUUAGAUAUGUAUCUCAAUUCUAUAACCUCAUCUUUAUAAACUUUAGGAUUAUAGAUGUUAUAAAUUUAUAUAAAAAUAUUUAAGAGUAUUAAGAUUCAAGAAAUACACUGAAAGAAAAAGAAAAAACAUUAAGAAACUUUAAAUGGUAUUUAAAAUAAUAAUUUAAAAUAGUAUAAAUGAUAUUCAAAUGUAGUGUUUUGUUUCAUCAAAGUCUUAAAGUUGCUUUAAAGAAUCUGAAUCAAUUUUAUAACAAGAAAAAUAAUAGUAAAAAGAUAAUGAUGAUUAACUACUAUACUAAUACACAUAAAAAUAAAAUUCUUAAGAAUCUAACAGCGAUUUAAAUAAGUUAAUAUAAAUUGAGGAAUAAUAAUAAAAUUAUGAAUUACUGCAGAAGUAAGAUAUUUAGUUAUGACAAAUUAUUUAACAUUAAUAUUAUCUUAUAAAUUUUUGU